AACUCAACACAGAAAACAACCCUCCGCCGUGUUCUCCUCCGUCUCUCUUUCUCUCUCUCUGUAUCUUUCCCCGGCGCAAAAUUUAAUUCCGUUCUCUUUAUGGGAGACCACAAUCAGCCUUUCCUGCCGGUCUCCGGCGACCCAGAAUGCGCUCCGGUACUAGGCGACGACGUCGUCGUCGACGGCGCCCUCCACCGGCCGCAGCCGGGAUCCACUAAGAGUAAGCUGCUUCUCGCCGUGUUCAGCGGGAUUUUCGUGGUCUGCUUGAUCCUCGCAGGAGGCUACGAUAAAUCCGGCGUCGUUAAGGUCGCCCAAUUGGGAGGCGUUGAUGAGCUGGGUGUGGGCCCAAUUGAGAUGCCAGCUGGAAGUACGAUUGUUAGGCCGGCUGUUUCUCGUGGGAAAUCCGCCGGUGUGUCGGAGAAGGCUAAUUUUUCGCCGGAGCAAUUGCUCGGCGGCGGGGAAGUAAUCGGUGACGGGCUGACGGAGGACUUCCCGUGGAACAACAGCAUGCUGUCCUGGCAGAGGACGGCGUUCCACUUCCAACCGGAGAAGAAUUGGAUGAACGAUCCCAACGGUCCACUCUUUUACAAAGGAUGGUACCACUUCUUCUACCAGUACAACCCAAACGCCGCCGUUUGGGGCGACAUCGUAUGGGGCCACGCCGUCUCCCGCGACAUGAUCCACUGGCUCCACCUCCCUUUAGCCAUGGUGGCGGACCAAUGGUACGACGUCCAGGGCGUCUGGACCGGGUCCGCGACCAUCCUCCCCGACGGAAAGGUCAUGAUGCUCUAUACCGGUUCGACCAACGAGUCGGUCCAGGUCCAGAACCUGGCCUACCCGGCCAACCACGACGACCCGCUCCUCCUCGACUGGGUCAAACACCCGGGCAACCCGGUCCUCGUUCCACCACCGGGUAUCCACCACAAGGACUUCCGCGACCCGACCACCGCGUGGAAGACCUCUGAGGGAAAGUGGAGGAUCACGAUCGGUUCCAAAGUCAACAAAACCGGAAUCGCCCUGAUCUACGACACCGAGGAUUUCAUCAAUUUCGAGCUCAAGGAAGGGUUCCUCCAUGGUGUUCCGGGUACCGGAAUGUGGGAAUGUGUCGAUUUUUACCCUGUGGCAGUCGCCGGUGGCAACGGGCUUGACACUUCCGUCAACGGCGCCGGAGUUAGGCACGUGGUGAAGGCGAGUUUGGACGAUGAUCGACAUGAUUACUAUGCGAUUGGGACUUACGACGAGGAGGCCGGGAAAUGGUACCCCGAUAAUCCGGCGAUUGAUGUCGGAAUUGGGAUUAGGUACGAUUACGGUAUCUUCUACGCUUCGAAGACAUUCUUUGACCAGAGCAAGCAGAGGAGGGUUCUUUGGGGCUGGAUUGGUGAAUGGGAUAGUGAGGCUGCUGAUGUUAGAAAGGGAUGGGCUUCUCUUCAGGGCAUGCCAAGGACGGUUGUUCUUGAUACGAAAACAGGGAGCAAUCUGCUUCAAUGGCCGGUAGUAGAAUCAGAGAGCUUGAGAUUGAGAAGCAAGGAGUUCAAGAAUGUUGUAGCUAAGCCUGGUGCGGUUGUUCCAAUCAAGCUUGAAGCAGCCACACAGCUAGACAUAGUCGCGGAGUUCGAGCUCGACAAAGAGGCGGUAGAGAGAGCAGUCGAGUCCGACGAGGAGUUCAAGUGCAGCAGCAGCAAAGGUGCAGCUCACCGUGGCGCAUUGGGACCAUUUGGUCUUCUGGUUCUCUCGGAAGAGACUCUCAGCGAGCAAACCCCUGUAUAUUUCUAUGUCGUCAAGGGGAAGAACGCAACUUUAAGGACUUACUUCUGCGCUGACCAAUCUAGGUCGUCUCUGGCGAACGAUGUGAACAAGCAAAUCUAUGGGAGCUAUGUACCAGUGCUAACAGGGGAGAAGUUUGCGGUUAGGAUGUUGGUAGAUCAUUCGAUUAUCGAGAGCUUUGCACAAGGUGGGAGGUCUGUUAUUACGUCGAGAGUUUAUCCAACGAAGGCGAUUUAUGGAGCAGCUAGGCUGUUUUUGUUCAACAAUGGGACAGAGGCUGGUGUCACAGCUUCUCUUAAGGUUUGGCAAAUGAAUUCGGCAUUCAUCCGGCCAUUUCCAAACCUGUAGAUGGAUAUGAUUCAAUGAGGAAGAAGCCCAACAACAACAACAAAAAAAGGUGAUAAGAGGAAGAUAAGUUGGUGAUCCGCUAUGAUUGCAAGGUGGGUUAAAUUUGGAUGUGUGAUUGUUUUGUUCUUUGGGAUGAAGGGGGGAUGUGAGCUUGUUGUAAGUAAAAAAGAGAGAGGGGUUGUAAUUGUGAUUGGGUGAUUGAUUCCCAAUUUCCCAAUGAGAUCGGCAUGAAGGAUCUUGCAUCUCCCUAAUCAGUCUCAGAUCAAAUUGUUGAUUUGCGAUAUUUGGUUCAAGAUCCUCAGGUUUCUUUAUGUUCUUUUUAGUUUGAGUUUCAUAAUAUGAUGUAUAAUGUUUCGGGAUUUUUAUGGCGUCGAUUAUAUCGAUGUCAUUACUGAAAUCAAUUGACGUCAUUUUUAUU